AUGGCGGCCGCCUCGUGGCUCAUUGGGGGCCUUUUGGCAGUAAUGUGUUCAGUUGGGAUGUUCUUCCUGUCCUUCUGUGGGUCCAACAUCGUCCCGCAGUUUUUCUGUAACAUCCCCUCCCUGCUGAAGAUCUCCUGCUCCAAGUACCACGUCGCCGUCGACGUGAGCGUCACCGCUGGGGCAGUGUUAGGCCUCCCCGGCUUCAUUCUCAUCAUCUUCUCGUACGUGCGCAUCUUCCGGGCCGUGCUGAGGAUGCCGGUCCCCGAGGGCCGCACCAAAGCCUUCUCCGCCUGCCUGUCCCACCUCGCUGUCGUCACUAUUUUCAUCUCGGCGGCGGCAUUUGUCUAUCUCAAGCCGCCCUCGGACUCCUCCUCGAUCGUGGAUCUGCUGGUGUCCGUGUUCUACUCCGUGGUGCCCCCCAUUCCCGGAUGGUUUGCCGUCUCAGCGGAGUCCCUGGCCUGUCGCCCCAUGGGUACAGAAUAUUUUAUCCUCACGGCGAUGUCCUCCAACCGCUAUACCUCCAUCUGCCUCCCCCUGAGCUACGAGGUCGUCAUAAACAGAGGGGCCUAUGGGGAGAUGGAGGCCGCCUCAUCUCCUGCUCCAAGGACCAUGUCGCCAUCGACGUGA